AUGAGGAGAACGCCUGAUGAUUCAGUAUCCAGUCGCAGGAAAGGCAAAAGCCCCAAACGCCGCCCACCAGUCACACCCUCGACCUCCGGUGCAUUGUCCCGUGCUGCCAAGAAAAAGACUAGAAGAUCAGGUGAGAGGGAGUGAGGUAGAAGAGCUUAAAUCUGAGUUAUGAUGGUGUUAUGGUCACAGAUCUGAGCAACUUUUUCAAAGGCAAUUAUGCUUUAAACAUAUUCUGUUUCUCAUUGAUCUGAACACGCUUAAGAACACAAAACUCUCUGAACCAGCACAAACUGCAGGGUUUUUGAAGCUGCUUAAAUAAUAUAAGGUGAUAUUUUUCUGUGAGCAAAAAGACAAAGACCACUUAAGCAGAAAAUAUUACUAAAUAUGUUGAUAGUAGAUUAGAAAUGUGCGUCCCAGUCUGUCCCCAUGUUUAUCAUUAUUUUUGUUGUAAUUAUCAUUGUCUGUGUUCCCUCUCUGCCCCUGCAGAGCUAGCUCCUGUCUCUCCAAGGAAGAGGCGCUUUCGGCCGGGUACCAGGGCUCUGAUGGAGAUCAGGAAAUAUCAGAAGAGCACAGACCUGCUGCUAAGGAAAGCGCCGUUUGGUCGUCUGGUGAGUCAGUCUGCAGACAGGAAGGAGAGGGUGCUGGAGCUGUUUGUCUAUCACUUCGUCCUCUCCUCAAGUAGGACAGAGGUUCAGGUUUAGAGUUUAACUCUUGUGAUUCCUGUUCCCGGUCUGCAGGUUCGUGAAGUGUGUCAGAGUUGCUCCAGAGAAUAUCUGAGGUGGCAAGUGUACGCUCUGCUCGCCCUGCAGGAGGUUAGUGACAGCAUGAUCACAUGGCCACAGUCUGAGCUGUGUUUGAUGCCAAACUAAAAAUAUGAGAGGUCACUCAUGACGCAUGAAAAAUAAACUAAUGAAACUAAAGUAGAGGAACAAGAGGUUGGUUUAAUAAAAGAUGGUAAAGCUGCAUAAGUGCAGGUGUAUAAAAAUAUGUAAGAGUAUAACCCAGUCUACUGGGUCAUUUAAUCUUUCAUAGAAAUGUUUCAUUAAUAAAGAGUGUGACCUUUUUACUGAAAUACUUCUCCUCCCCCUUGCAGGCUGCAGAGGCAUUUCUUGUCAGGCUGUUCUCAGACGCCAACCUGUGUUCCAUUCACGCCAAACGAGUCACCCUGUUCCCCAGAGACAUCCAGCUGGCCCGAAGGAUCAGGGGGGUGGAUAACCUGUAA